CCUAUAUUUAGGGCCGGUCACUUUACUACUAAAAUUUUCUAAUUUAUUCAAUAUUGAUUUCUUUUGGUAUUUUUCAAAUAGGUCAACCGUAUAGAACCCUACAACUUUGUGCAACAUCCCUUAAACCGUCCAGAUAAUUCAAGUAUCUUCCAAACUACAGUGGAUUGUCAAAUGAAUAUCGAAAUGAAACCUCACCACACCAACCCAUUUAAACCAAUUUACUAACCCAUUUAAAUCUAACCACCAAGAACCACCAAGGUAAUCCAUUUGCCACCUGUGAAACAAAGGGAAAGACAAUAUAAUUAAUCAAGAUGGGAUGAACUGAACAGAAAAAUGGGUAGGUAUGAAGAAUGUCAAGUUCAUGAUCAAUAGGGAAUUUUAUUUUAAAUGGAUUCAUAUAUCAUAUGCGAUAAUAAGAAGGAUUUUCAUUUCCAUCCAAAAGAUAGAAGGGUUUCUUGUAGCAGUAAUUGGGCCAUCAACGAUGCCUUUUAGCUCCUGACUUGCAAAGAACAAAAGAGGCCUGAAAAAGAAAAGAUAAAGAACUUGGAAAGAAAUAUGAAAGUGUAUGCCAAAAUUAAAUUUUAUAUAACUAAAGGGAAUUGAGGGUCUAUGCAGUUUGAUCUUCAUUUUGUGUUAACUAUGUAAAUGUAAAAUGUUGUUGCCAUUCAUAAUAUUCCAGGAACAUGUACAAAUAAUCAACUAUAAUGUAUUUACUUACCCAAUAAUAUUAUAAAUUAAACUUCAAAGAGGCACAUAUCCAAAUGAAUUAUGUGUUAUUUUUUGUCUUGCCUUUUUGGGUACAAUAUCAAAUUUUUGUUGGGAACACCCUUUUAUGUCGUGAUCAUUCAAUUGCCUUUUCAAUAUAAUAGAAUGUAAAAUUGGUCAGUGUUUAAUCUCAAGUACUUAUGCUAAUUAAUUUUGUCUUGUUAUAAGUGCACUGUCCCACAAUGUUAUCCCUCGAUUGAGGUUUUCAAGAUUAACCUUCCACACCCUUUUGUUUUUAUUGUUGAAAUUCUUGGUUAGGGGACCCUCCAUUUUGGGUUCGGGAUUCAUUUUAGGGUUUACUUAAUAAAUUUAUCUCUUUUGCUCUAUUCUCAAUGAAUGAAGUUGGACCGUAUGGAAAAAAGAGGACAAGAAAGUCGAGAAAGAAGGCUGAAAAGGACUGAACGUUUUUACCCUACCAAAGUAAUUAAUAGAGAUUAAACUUAGACUAUGGAUAAUUAAAUAGACCAAGAGUACAAAAACUCUAGUAUGUACAAUUCAGUUAAGGUAUCAGGAACGAAGUAAUGAUGUCCUUAUAUUAAUGGAUCGCGUUUCCUGUGAGCCAUGACGUACCAUGUAUUAUUGUGAAAACAAACCUAGAUGUCAUGGUCUCAUGGACACCAGGGUUAGAAGAAACGAGAGCCAGGUUGGGAAUGGUAUGAUUGCCUUGCUUAGAUAGAUCUAUUUUUUUAUAUUAGCUGGAUGCACAGAAUCACCCUGACUAAACUUCCCCUUUAAGUAGUUCCAGGAUUCCGAAGCAACCUUAAUGUUUCUUAAGCUAAGAAGUAGGAACUAUAUCCUCAGACACAAAAUUGCGAAUCCAAUAUACCAUUAACACGAUCCCAAUUUCUAUAAGUUGGAUUAGUCAAAGGAGGUACCUCAAUCGUGCCCUUCACGAAUCCAAGUUUGUUUUUAGUAUUGAGAGCCACUUCCAUGGAUUCACUCCAUAGAAGAUAGUUAUCGUCUGUAAGCUUGAAGCCAAUGAAUGCAAAAAUGAAUUGUCACUCUAGGCAAGGUAAUAGGGGUUUGAAUAGUGGUCUCAUAAUGGGGAGAGGAAAGCUCAUUUGCGCUCUUGCAGUCAGAUGCUUCUGCUUUAGUCAUUUCUUAAGAUUCAAGGAAGAAGAAAGAAAGAGUAAAGAAACGAUGAAAUUUGUAGGAAACUGAUAAUUCGUGCAAAUCAGGCUCUAAUACCAUGUUAAACAAAGAAAAAUUAGCCGCCGUGAACACUAGAGCUAGAAGAAACGAGAAGUAGAUUGAGGAAUUUGGCAUUGUGCAUAUUCCAUUGCCGAAGAGAAGUAUAUGUACAUCUGCAGAUAGCUAACUAACAAUGUACACUAACGGAUACUUGUCUUACUUAAUCUAAUGUAUAAUAAAGUGCAAAGUGGUAGAUUAUAAAGCUAAUUAUAGUGCAAGUGAUCGAAGUAUCAAACACUAAACACUAUCAUUCCACUUAUUGGUUCGGGUUAAAGGAAGCUCGAACCACUUAUUCAAAUCACCCGGGAACAUGUGUAUUCUUCUUCCUUUCCCUUUGAGUAGAGUGCCCAAUAUUUCAUCACCAUUGUUGUUCCUACACUCUGCUUCAAUCAAUUCUUAAAAGAAUUGUAGCUAAAACACACUUAAUUGUACAUCUCUUAUUUUGCAGUUGUUCAGUACUAUUGUAUUUAUCCACAUGUAUUAAACUAAAUUUCAACACUUGGAUCAAUCUUUGUCUUGACAUCACCUGCAAACUUUCAUAGGCCUUGUAUCAUUGCUACCAAGACUUCUUCCAAGUUCCAACAAUAAUUUUAGUGAAUAUACUGUAUAUAUUCGAAUUGAAUGCAUACCAUAAAUUCGCCUUCUAGUCUUUCAAAAAUAAAAAUCUCAGCCUUCUAAGCUAAUAAUCAUUAGGCUUUAUUUUCAACUCACAAACGCGUUUUCCUAACCUCCUUUUUCGUUGCAAACAACAAAAUUUGAAGAUGAAUUAAAGCUUGUAUGUAUUAAUGCCUCCCCUGUUUUCCUUCCUAAUUGGGAGAACUUUGUGACUAAUAUGACACGAUUUUCUAUCUACAUGGCCAUCCAAGUGGCGGAAAGAGAUGGGGAAAAGCAAAAAUAUUCCUUGAUUCCAUGAACUAGCUAAGAAAGCAAUGAAAACAGGUAAAAGGGCCAAAAACCCAAAACAAAGAAAAGGCCCCACGUGUGGAACCGAAAAUUGUAGAGCAUUUGCCAAACACUUUCUCAUAUGCACAAAUAUAUAGCUUUAACACUCUUCUUAAAACCAUUGAGGAGAAGCAGGGAUUUCAUUUCACCUGCCUGGGAUUCCUAUAAAAUAAAACCAUGUGGGUUCCCUCUUCUUUUGGAUAUUAGAGCCACCUUUUGAAAGGCUUUGCCCUAUUGGGUUUCUGUUUUUAUGUGAGUGUGUGUAUGGCCACUUCUUUUCUCUGAUAGUUGCAUCUAUGGCCACUUCAUGACUCUCACUUUCUAUCUUUGAUCUCCUUAUGCAUUCAUUUUUUUUUUUUUUUUCACAAAGCACGCUCCUCCUGCUAAAGGGAAAAGGCUCGGGAAUCCUAUGCCUCUCUUCACACAUGUAUACGUUAUAGUUUUGUUGGUGAAACUUGACUUGCCACAUUCUAUAUGUUUAACUUCCUUUGUCUUUAUGUACCCAUCUACAUGGAUUCAAAAUCCCCACCUUUACUUUGGGAUUAUUAUAAAUAUGUGUGUCAAGAUUAAUCAAAGACAUAGAAGGUUCUUUGGUCUGUUGGGCGUGGAGUUGAUAUGAACUAUAUGAACUACAUGUAAGUUUCAUGCGUUAAUUUAGGUAGAUGAUGAAUUGUAUGCAUUAAUUUAGGUCAAUGAUGAAGAUGAGGUGGAGGACGCGUGUAUAGUGGCGGAUCCAGGGGGUGCGCCGGGCCACGAACUAGCCCUACUAUGGAUUCAAAACUAGUAUAGUGCUUGUAAAUAUUUAAUUUUAGGUAUUUGUUUUAGUGCUUGUUGGGUUACAAUCCAAUCUUAUCUGGCUCUUUUUAAAUGUGGUCCAAUGCUCUACCAUGUUUUAGAUCCGGUCUUGAUGAAAUAAGAUAUUGAUAUAAAAACCAGUUCUCUUGAUUUUGUGUUUUCCGGACACAACAAUAUCAAACGUGUGGUUAAUUUAGGUAGAUGAUGAAUUGUAUGCGUUAAUUUAGGUCAAUGAUGAAGAUGAGGUGGAGGACGCGUGUAUAGUGGCGGAUUCAGGGGGUGCUUCGGGCCACGAACUAGCCCUAUUAUGGAUUCAAAACUAGUAUAGUACUUGUAAAUAUUAAUUUUAGGUAUUUGUUUUAGUGCUCGUUGGGUUACAAUCCAAUCUUCUCUGGCUUUUUUUAAAAGUGGUCCAAUUCUCUACCAUGUUUUAGAUCCGGUCUUGAUGAAAUAAGAUAUUGAUAUAAAAAUCAGAUCUCUUGAUUUUGUGUUUUCCGAACACAACAAUAUCAAACGUGUGGUUAAUUUAAUGUCAAAGAUUGGCAAUAAUUUGGAAUAGAAAAUCGACAUGAUUGUGAUGUGCUGAGUCUAGUUGAUUUUGGAGGUCAUUAGGGAGUUGAUAAAGGUCGUCAUAAAAAUUACUAAUGAUCGUCCUAAAAAACAACAAAGUUACACUUUUAACCUUUUGGCACCUUUACCUUUCCUUUAGCAAACAAACACCAUAUUCACUUAGAAAACAAAAAACACUCAUUCUCCCACACUCUUGAAUUAAUCGUCGACAUUCUGAAGCUGUAACCGUCGAGAAUACAUCCGAACAAUGAGUAGCCAAAAAUCACCUUUGGUUGUGCCAUGGGUGAACCGAAAAUCUGUUUCGUUUGCACCAAGGCAGAACCAAAAUUUGGUUUCGGUUGAUCAACGACCAAUCCGAAAUUGUGGCGGCGGACGGCGAGGCGCGACUGUACAUGGGCGUUUGGUCGGCACGGCACGGGCACGCUUCGGGCCCGUUUAUUUUGUGCCCUGCUUGGCACGGCCCGUCAGUUUUCGUGUCAUGCCGUGUAAGCCCAUUUGUUAAUUUUGCUAGGCCCAGGCCCAGACACGGUUUGAAUCGUGUCGUGCUUAUUUGUGCUGGUGCCGUGCUUAUAUUCGUGUUUAAUGAAAAGGAAGAAAAUAAAAGAAGGAAUGAAAAGGAAGGAACAAAUUGGAUGGAGAAUAAAAGUAUUAACCGAGAAUGUAACAAAUAAGGGGGAAAAGAAAAUUGAAAGUAUAGCGGGUGUGAUUUGACUUUGUUUAAUGCUUCGUCUAUUUUUAGUUAUGGUAUUAAUUACGUAUAUAUAUUUAUGAUCACUUCUAAUAAAAGUAAAUAAUUUUUAUUGUACUUGUAUUUUUUAAGAUUUGAACCUAUAAUACUUUUUAUAUUUAUUUUCUAUCAAAUAAAUAUUAUUUUCAUGCCAUGUUCGUUCUUAUACUCAAUAGGAUCUUGAAAAUAUUAGGCCUCACACAACUCAUUUACAUACCGUGUCGUGCCCGUGCUCGUGCACAUGCCCAUGCCCAUGAAGUUUAGGCCCGGCCCGACCCAUAAAUUUUCGUGCUCGUGUCGGGCCGGCACAUAUAUUUUGUGCCCGUGCUCGUGUCGUGCGCUAACAGUGCUAUGUCGUGCUAGCCCAUGGGCGGCCCGACCUGUUGCCCAUGUACAAGCACGACGGAAGGAGGACGGUGAGGCGCGGUGGAAGGAGGAUGAGGUGCGACGGGAGGGGUGGCGGAUGACACGACAGACGACGAGGCGAGGGGCGGCGGGAUGCAUGGCGGGGGACACAGCAGACGACGAGGCCUGGCGCGACUGGAGGCGUGGCCGCCGGCGGUCAGGAGGGUGUGGUGGCGACGGUUGCAGGUGUGGUGGAGGGUCGUGGGAAGGGUUUUGGAAAGGAAGGAAGGAAUAGAGGUGUGUUUGUUUUGUCUUUCACUUUGAAAUUCAAAAUGGACAUUUGAGUAAAUUUCAUAUUAAAUUAAGACAAUCGUUAGUAAUUUUUAGUAUGAACUUUAACCAUAUAUUCAGAUCUUAAUAUUUGGGGGAAAAAUGGUCCCAUAUCCGGAUUUUGUCAUUGAUUCAGGGCGAUCCUCACAUUUCUUUGUCAUGAAAGGAAUGAUUGAUCAAAGUUAGUCCUACACACAAAAAAACCUAACCCCUCUGCUCCCACUUGUUUAUUCUCUUUCCACCAAGCUUAUCAUUUCAUACGGAUACGGUACAUAGUAUAGUAUAUACACACAGCCUCCUAAAUAUAAGCAACUAGCUAGUUUCCGACCAUAUGACUAAUCUUACAAACACAAUUCAGCGGUAUAUCUAUUAGGGACGGAGUCAGGAAUUUCAUUUAGGGGGGCCGAUAAUUAAGAGGUGCGGUGUGGAAUGGUGAAAGCAAAUUUAUGAUAUUCAAUAGCAAUAUCGACGAUAAGUGUUGAGAUAAACUUAUCGAAUUUUAUGUUGAUGGACUAGUCUCGACUUCAAGAAAACUACAUAAAAAAUUGUAUCACUCAUUUUUUCAAACAAUCAUGCGAUAUUUAUUGUAAGAGAUAAAUGAUAACCGUGAUUAUGAAGUGAUUCUAAAAAUUAAGAAAAAAUUCAAUGAGAAAAAUUUUGCAAAGAAAUUUUUGUUGUCUAAAGAAAACACUAAACAGACAAAAAGAAAAUGUCAUAAACUCAAGAAAACUACUUAUCGUACGAGCUAAUAAUUAACACAUCUGAAUUAUAGCAUAACACAAUAAGUUAGAAAGAUAUUAUUAUCAAGUUGUCAAACAAAGAUUUUAUGAGCAAAUAACUAUCAUUGUCAAACAAGAGCGAAAUCAAAUAACUAUGUAAUUUAAUAAGAAACAAAGAAAAAGGAGACAGGGACAAAAUAUAACAAAUUACAAAUGAAACACAACCCACUAUUAUUUGUUGAGACAACAAUAGAUUGAACACUACACAAGAAAUUGCAAAAAAGUGAAUAUAUAUACAAAACCAUCAAGCAAAAAGGUGAAUAUAUAUACAAAACUAUAAAGCUACCCAUGAAGAAAUUGCAAAAAAGUGAAUAUAUAUACAAAACCAUAAAGCUACACAUGGAUCAAACCUUGUACCUUAAGGUUGCAAGACUGCAUUUCUACCAAUUACACUACAGCCAUCUUUUGCUCAUACAGCUUAUAUUCUACUUAUUUUCAUAAUCUUAGGGGGCCAUGGCCCCCCUAUUCAUGAGCUAGCUCCGUCCCUGAUAUAUAUAUCGCAGAAGAUUAGAUCAUUUUUCCAAAUCCACAUGGAGAGUAUCACGACAGGAUCUCACUCUCACUCUCAAGUCUGAGAUGAUAUUCUUAUUGCUUAAAUUUUUAUUGCGCCUUAAUAAUUUGCUACAACAAACUCUUACAAACUGGUACCUAUAAUUUAACAAUGUCUUGCUAAUGGGCUGCAUGUUCCUUUCUGUCUCCCAACUGUUUUGAUUGGAUAUCAUGCAUACUAAAAUUCGCCAGUAGCUAAUAGGCUAUUAGCUAUCUAAAUUCCAGCCCGAAAAGUAUAAAAAAAAAAGGCCAAACCAAACAAACCAGAAGAAUAAAUCUGUAAGGAAACAACUUAGCUAGUAGGUAACUAGAUUCUCGCGCACUGAAUGAAUGUCAUUGUCACCUACUGGGUUAUCUUAUUACCCAACCGUUUCAUCUGUUCCUGCACUAGGCAAAUUGGAAAUUUACAGACGUAAGAGUGGUGCCAAAAAGGGCAAGUUUUUAUAUAUAUGUUUAGCAGAGAGCUAGAGAGUUGGGUCGGUCGUUGUCAUGUUUCUUUUGCAGGCGGGGAAGACUGAAGACCAGGAACAAGAAACGAGCUUCUUUGUUUAUUAUCUGGCAGCAACCUCUGUAAAGUAGCACAAACGUCUGGCAAAGUACAAGAGAAUAAAUGUACACAUAGUAA